GGCUUCCAAGAAAACGGCUCCAACACGAUGGAUCCAUCUUAAUUUGAUGCAUCUCGACAAUGUCAAUGCGACUCCCUCUAUAUGUCAGACUCCUGUGACUCCCUGUCUAGAUCGCUCUUUUAUUGAGUUUGGUGUUGCUAAAGUCUGUCCACAGAAUAGAAAACUAAACUAAGAAGCAAAAUGCUUUUUUCUCGUGGUCUCUUGCUUUUUUUCCCUCCUGGUUCUUGGGCAGCAGUCGACCAUGUCCCUUCAGUGGUGCCUUCGAUGCAGCUACAAGACGUUGGAGCUGCUUCGCAACAUCUUCUAGCGGCUUUUUAUGGUGGACGACAAUGUAAAAAUAAUGUCUAACUCUACCAAACAGCGGUAGAUACCUAAUUAAUUCCUCCCCGAGAAGAGCGCUGGGCCCUUGUGUACUUAGAUAUUUAAUUUAAUUAAGCGGACAUCGUUCCGCGGCCCACAAACCUAGCACUCCCUAUAAGCGCGUAAUGGGGGGACGGACAUCGUUCGCGGUGGCAGGUGCUAGGUGUGUAAUUUCUCCUGCCUUUACUCCUAGGGUUCAGCGUUUUAAAAUCGUAGGGGCAUCAGCGUAGUUGUUAAGGAGAUUAAGAACUCGCACUACACAAAAAAAAAGACUGAAUUGGAAACUGAACGUCGAUGAAAGCGACACCCCUGAUAAUAUAACUUCGUAUGUGUCUUAUCCCGUGCAACAAUAUAAUUUCGUAUGUGUCUUCUGUACUACUGGAAGAAGACGUGCAACAUAAUGUCUAAAAAUAUUGAAAUAUGGAAGAAAAAGUACCAAAAGAAAAUGCAAGAGCAACCUCCAGGUCCACCCUAGAUUCAUUCUAAUUUAUUCACCCCUCGUCUAGUGCCUUCUUGCCACCGCUGCCUCUGAUCUCUCGUAGACGGCGUGCCCAAAUGGCAAAAAACGCAUUUCUUUCGCCUUCCACAAACAGGAAGAUUCAGUCUUUAUGCUGUGUUCAAUUAUUUGAUAUGAGUCCUAACGUAUGCCACUAGUAGCGUCGAGAAAGUAGGACAAGAAAGAUCAUGAUUAUGAUCUUUCGUUAGCAUAUUGUUGAUAAAUAAAGUUAAAACUUGUUUUUACUACAACUACUUAUUUUUUGACACAAUGCUGGAGCUGUUCUUUUAUCCCGCCAUUAGGCUAGUAGAACUAAAGGGGGCACCAUGAUAAUGAUGGACCACUCGCGGUCUCUAAGUGAGACACUCUAAAAAGAAGCCCUGCUGCUUUAUCAUCUUCAUCAAGCUCUAGGAGCUCCACCUUGGGCAUGCUGGUUACGGCAUGCCGCGAAAUGUCAACGGCGACAAGCGAUCUAGAGGAUCCUGAAGAUGAGACGCGGAGAAGUCAGAGCAACGUAAAAGGUUCCCCACAACAUGAACUGCAGCACGGUUCAAGGUGGACUACUAGUGGUAUGGAGGAGUACAACUGUAUUGUCUUUUUCUUGCGGAGGUAAAAAUAAGAAUUACAGGAGAUCAUGCGGAUGCUACAACACAGGAGAAGGAGACCAUGAGGAUGACCAUGCUACAAAACUCAACACGACUCUUCUAUCUUAAUCUAUCACGACGUACCUCGUGAUGAUGAUCAAGAACAAGAUGAUGUCUUUGUUUCUAGCAAAGUAGAAGUACACUUAUUACCCCUGGAAGAACAAGAAUCUCGGCUCGACGUUGUUUCUAACGCCUUUGCAAGGCCACUAUAGGUAGCAAGGCCACUAUAGGGUUAGUAGUUUUCCUUCUACUAAUAUGCUAUUCCUUCUACUAACCCGUUCGUUUUCCCUCUGAGCCUUAGGCUUUCAUCCUUCAUGCAGUACUGUUGGAACACCCGAACACGUCCAAGCGCACUAUGAGGCUCUUGAGAGUAAAUGGAAUGAUUAUCGUUGCAAUGUAACAGAAAGACGAUCUGAACGGACGUGCCGAAUGAUCACUGACUGUUUAAGGCCCUGAAAUGGUAUCAAAAUGGGUUCAAUGUCAUUGGGAUAUCAUGAGGGGUCAUAGUGCAGUUAAAGAUCUGGGAGAUCUUGCUGCUAAUUCAUGUUGGAAUUCAUUGAGUUCAAACGAUGAUCAUAGGAGGAACUAACAAGAGUUCAAGACAAGGAACGGCAUUGAUCAUGAUCAAGGUGACGAGUGAGAGCAGUCAUUUGACAUUGAAAUCAGGUUCGUUCGUUGGAUCUUGAGCCAGUAAUGACCAUUGACCAACACCCCUCCUCAAUCGCUAGGUGAGGAAAUGACGAAAGUCACAAACGGUCUGGUGUUACCUGCUCUGACCCAGAACCAUCACGAUUCUCUAUAUCCACUGACGUCACCACUUGACCAACGACCUAACACCCUAAGAAGAUAGAAUAGGUAAGCACCGCCACGGAAGCAGAACUUGAACCAGACUCAUCAUCUUCCGUUUCCGAGUCACUAUCAUCUUCAUCAUGGUUACGGCUAAUUACUGGAUUCUCUAUGUGAUGUAAUAAUAAUCUGCGUUGAGUAGAUGAGCAUGAAAGUUUCGUUAGUCCAUCAGCUUUCAUGAGGUGAGUAGGACAGAAAACUACUUUCUCAGCUGCGUCUCUAACUCGUAAAUAACGUAACGCAUAGUGUCUACUCUUAGGCUUCGUGUCUUCACUCUUUGCUGUCGAGAUUGCAGACUGGUUGUCUAUCCACAAUAUGGCAUCAUCGAGGGAUGGCGAUAUACCAAACCGCGUUUCCACUAAUUGAGUGGGUAAGGGAUUGAAGAAAUCUGUAAAAUCAUGCAGCUCGCUCAUGACAAUAGUGUCCGACGCGGCUAUAUACUCUGACUCUGCAGUUGAAUAUGCACGCACGGUUUGUGUAUUGCGUUUCCAACAGAUUGGAAAGCCCCGAUAGUACAUAAUCGAACCACUGGUCGAGCGCAUGCUCUUUAUGCAGUUUGCGAAUCCUGCAUCUGAGAACCAGUUAGUAUACGGUAGCUCUCUUCCUUCUGGUAGGAGCUUCUUGUAAAUUCCGUUGAAUUCUUCCUCACUUUCUGGAGAAUAAUAGAGUCCUUGGUCUUUUGUCGUAGCUAGAUACUUUAAUACUUUUCUACAGGCUUUUGCAAUUCUUUCUGUAACGGGCUUACUGACAUACCGAGCCAAUGUCGCCACAGGGACGCAAAUAUCUGGCCUUGCGGUUGUCGAUAUCCAAAGCAGUGCGCCAACAAUCUCACGCAAUGGAAACCCGGCUGCUAGCUUAAGCCCCUCCUCAAGCAAAGCAGACUCGUCGAAAUUUGGAGACCACACCGGCUUACCUAAUGUUAUUUUAUACUUCUGUAAAGUCUUCUCUAUGUACACAUUCAUCAGGAUUUUCACUGAACGUGCUUCCCGACAAUAGUGCACAAUCGCACCAAGAAAGUCGAACUCUAGCCAUUCGAAACCCGUAAGAGAAUCGACUCGCUUUGCCAUCUCAAUAGGUCGGCCAGGGGCGCGACUAAAGAUCCGGUCGAGCUCAGACCGUAACUCGUGAUAGUCAGGUCCAGUAGCUAAGUUAUCAUCAACAUAGACUGACAUCUUCAUAUACUUUCCUGGGUGCGUUUUGCUCUUUUUCCGCCACAAUCCUGGAGCAGAAGGACACGGCUCCCAUCCGAGUUCGGACAAUAGCACGCAAUACUUCUUGAACCAGGCUCGUGGAGCGUCCUUGAGCCCAUAGAGAGCUUUCUUAAGCUUGACGAUAUCCGCUCCAUGCUUCUCCGCCCACACUGGUGGAAGACGGCAGAAGACGCCGCGAUCGAGUUCAGCAUUAAGGAACGCAGAAUCAAGGUCGAAGGGGAUGACGAAGUCAGAAUCCGUCGCAACUGAAACGAAUAAAAGUCUAAUCGCAACGUGUGACACUACAGGGGCGUAGGUGUCGAUAUUCCCCGAACGAUCAAGAUUCCCGAGCACACAAGCACGAGCUUUGAAUGUUCCAUCACGUUUUACCGUGAGAACGAUUGCUAUAGGCAUUACCUGAGAAGAGGAUCGCAGCUCCUCGUCAGUAGCUGGCGCCCAAGUCUCAAAGGCAAGUAGUCUAGCUUCCUCCUUGGUGAUAGCUGCGCGCCAUUUCUCGGCGUCAGGGCUUUUCAAGGCUUGGGAAACUGACAGCAUGGCAUGUGCUUCGAGAAAGGUCUCCCCUUCUUCCAGCUCAUGCCCACCUGCUAGCAUGGCAAAUUUAGUCAUGUCUUUUCUUAAUGCUUCUAGCUCGGCUUUUGUUCUUCUUUUGCGUUGUCCUGGAUUCUUAUCCUUGCUCCCUUUAGGUCUUCCUCGGCUUUUCUUCCCCUCCUCAACUUUGCCUGGUUGAGAUGGUGGAAUGGGUAAGGGCCUCGGAUCCCUUGCUUCAGGAUUAGAGUCAGGUGACACACGCUCCGAUGAGAUAUUCCCCUCCUCAACGCGUUGCGCGUCAGAGUUGGAAUCAUCGCCGGUCUUUGGAUCUUCUUCUUUGUCCAAAGAUUCACAGAAAAACUCAUCAAUGUCAUUGUUAUCUAGUAUCAUUUCCAUGCCGGUUGGAUCGCCUGAGCUGUACUCCGUGCCAGAGAAGCGCGGCUGACAGGCCAUACGUUGCAGCGCAUGACUGUGCAGGACGGGACCCAGCGACGGCGUGCCAGACUGCAGGUUUUCCAGCGGGUCAUAAUCAACAUAAAUGCCCUUCGACGUAGGCGAUAGCCAAUCAAUAUUUUUGACUAAUAUCGACUCUCGAAAUUUCACAUCUAGUGUGGAAUACUCACUCCACUUGAAGCCAGCUUUCGUUCUCCCAUCGUUGUGAUAUGUACCUACUAGCCAACCAGACGAAACUGGACACAGACCGAGAAACACACCACGCCGAUAAGGUGACGCAAGCUUUGCUUCUUUCUUGUUGGUGGUGUCUACGACCUGUUCACGAAAGUACACCAAACAGCCAAAUCUUCUUAACAUACCUAGACCACUUUUCGAGGACUUCUUUCCUAUCCUCUUUUCUAGUAUCUCGACAGGACUCAUUCCGUCAUGUUCUGGCAUUUUUGCAUAACGAUGCGGUAAGCGAUUCCAACAAUCUCCGGCAUACUGUAAGCAGUAACACCAAAGACGUCGGUCGACUUUGACCAACAUGGUACGUACAGCACCGAAAAUGGUCCGCGUGAAACGUUCGCAAGUUCCGUUCAUUUCUGGGUUGUAAGGAACUCCAGGAAUUUCCGAAACCAGUAGCGAUUGCAUGACUUUGGUCAUAUGGUCACUACUUAGGACGGGUUCGUUAUCUCUACGGAUGAACCAUACCACCUUGUCAUCGAGUGACAAUGAGUAGUCCUGGCGAAUGCCUUUUAUUACUUCUUCAAUCACCUCUACGCAGUCCGACUUAAGGCAAAGAGGACGAACGAAACACAUUUUAAUCGAAUCGCAAAUAAUGAUUAAAGCACAUCUUUUGCUUCUUAUAGAGACUGGUCUAAUACCAACUGCGAAAGCAAUUGCAAGUGUUUUCAAUGGAGAAGGUAUAUGCCCAACGGGCCUCACUUUUGCAUGAGAGCGCCUUUGACCUUUGGUUCGAUCACAUUCUGGACAAGAUACACUAAGGCCAUCAGCGUGAAAGUGACCAAGUCUACGAUGUAUGUCUAAUCUUGAAGCUUGUGAAUGAAGUCUAGCUUCUUCUAUACUAGUGCAUACUAUAUCCUCCUCAGUUUCAUUUUCUUCUUUGCUAAACAUGUCACAGCCUAGAAUAGGUAACUGCAUCUGGGGGCAAUUUGUUAUGGGUAGAGAGCGGCCGGAGCGAGUAUUGUACAACGUUCCGCCACUUUCUGUGAAAUUCAUUUGCCAACCCUUUUCAUGACAGUUUCCUUCACCUAACCACGGUAUAAUGCGAUCUAUGGCUUUUGGUAAGUGUUCAAAGUGUACGCCAUAUUUUAAUCCUAGUUUGUUUUCUUUCAGUCUACCUAGGUUCCCACUUCGCUUUCCAGCAGUGCCACUAAUAUGACAAAGCCGGUGGCUAAUCUUCUUGAAAUCGGAACGAUGGCUAGACAAAUACUUAUUUGCACAACUGUCAACAAGUGAAACUGUUUUGCUUUGAUUUGCACUAAGAUAGCAAUCUGAGCGACUGUCAAUCAUAUAGCUUUCAUCCCUAAGCAGUCCACUUCUAUAUUCUUUAUUCUCAAAGUUUUCUUCCAAGUUCAGCGAACAUCUUCCAUUUUCAUCUUCGAAAUCUUCUUCCAAUUCUUCUUCAUCUUGGGAUUGUCCAUCUCGUUUCCCAUAUCCAUUCCAUUCCGGAUUGGUUUCGACUCAGCGUUGUGGUUGUUGUCCACCCCAUUGCUGCUGUGGGUUACUGUUGUCGAAUCCUUUUCCUCCACUUUGUGGUGGUGGAUAGCUGUUCUGGUGCCACGGAGGGAUAGCGUUACCUUGCGGCCAACAGUUGUAUGAAUUGUUGAAGAAGUUGCUGCCCAAGGCUUUGUUAGGUUGGUAGCUUUGACUCGUCGGGUUUAGCCAGCAUUUGUGCGCCUUAUGUCCAUACUUGUGACAAUAGUUGCACUGGAUACCCUCGUUAGGAUUUGAGUUCUUAGCACCUUUACCUUUACCACUUCCUUUAUUCUUCUUACUACUAGAACUACUUGGCGAGGGGGCGCCUUUUAGGAAUUCGGUGCUAUAAUUUCUCUAUUUUUUCUCUAUAAAAUGCGGCGGGUUCUUCUCCUUGGAUGGAAAUUCUGCGGGUCGCGGAGUUUUUUUCUUGUCAAUAAGUAAAAGCUCGCCAGGGUGGGUUUCUUGGAGCAUGAAAAACGAAAAGCGAAACGCUAUCCAAAAAGCUGCCAGCUUUUUUCUGGAGCAGUGUAGGGGAUGGAAAUCGAUCGUGACGCCUGAGGUUGUUAGGACAUCGCCAAAACAGUCGAGGAAGACAACUUUUUGCCUUGCCCUUGGGUGGCCUCGGUUCCACCCUCCGCGAUCGACAACGAGUCACGCACGGAGACCGAAAUAGGGCCAAGGUAUUGCACCCAUUCACGGGGGAGAAGAGGCGUGGCCUGGUGCGAUGUUGUUGCUGUGUUGCAGUGCAUGCCCACUACAUUUCGGCGCGUGUCCUCGUUGCAUGUCCCCUACAUUUUUUGCGGAUUAUUCGCGUGAAAAGUGCACGCGUUUCCGCUUUUGCAUGUCGCCUACAGAUUCGCGAAGAGGUGCGCAAAAACGCACUUCGAAUCAGCCUAAGGCGACUUCGAUUUGAGUGCCAAAAAAAAAAAUUAUAAAGUGCUUUUAUAUUUUGUUUUAUAUUUUCAUUAUAAAAUGUCCGAAUUCGCGUCCACUAGUGGGGCUACGCGAAAAAUGGUACAUUUUAUAAAGCCAAAAAAUAAGGAGCCCACCUGAGCCAAAAAGUGGCAACUUUUUGGUCCUCGUUUUCAUGUCCUCAAACAUGUGAAGCAAGAGGAGCAACCAAACCUGAGGCGCACAGAUGUGGCUUUUUAUGGUGGUGUAGCCCAAGACAAACGGUGGCCGAUACAUCCACGCAGACGCACGCUAGCACCAUUCAGGUCCCCCGAUGGGAUGGGGUGCAUCACCUCCGACAUUUCGGGCCUUGGUGUCCAUAGCUGCCGGCCCCAGCCUCUUCGUCGGUGUCUGCGCUUAUUCUACCCGAUAACACCCUCAGCGGCAGCUUCGCCGAGGCUGCCAGGCUGGCGCUCAUCGUCAAGCACCUAGCCACCUUGGCUCUUAAAAACCGCCAGCACCUCUAGAGAACUGCCCGCCCUCGACCGGCUCGACUCGACAGCGAGAGACUUUGGCAACGAGGUGGCGAAGGGGUUGCAGUGGGUGGGAUGGUUUUCACCUAGCAAGUGAACAAAGCCGAGGACGUUCGGCGCUUUCGGGUGUGGGAAGGGGACCGAUCUGCGGGGUGUCAGGCUCACCACCCCAGUACUGAUGGCCUCUGCAUUUUAUAGAGAAAAUAUAGGGGAAUUAUAACCCUUAAAAUCCAAAAGGCAUCGGCUCGCCAAGAACUACUACUACUACUCUUUCCACUUCUUUUUGUUGCGUAGACCUCGUUCUUGAUUUCUUUGCGAAUCUUCUUGCGAAGUCGUUUGAUCGUUGUUUUCUUGAGAGCGGCAAAUGCGUUACCAUCGUCAUCACUCUCAUCUUGACGCUUACGCUUCUUGGUUUUGGUAUUGUUCUGGUUUUCAUCAUCAGAAUCUUCGACAGCUGGAAAAGCUUUGCCGAAAGAUGGAUUCUCGAUCUUGUACUCACCAGAGUCAAUCAAACUUUGAAGUCGUUUUGCAAGUCUUUCACCGAUUUGGACGAACGUUAGACGUUCUUCUUCUUGCAUCCUCUCGAUUGUCUGUCGAAAUGCUUUGGAAAACAUUUUUGGCAGAAUGUCGAGGAUUGCUCCACUUUGUUGAUCAGCAACAGCCGCACCAACUUCCGGCGGGUAUACGGUCGGAGAUUGGUUCAUGACAUCUCUGACCUUCGCCAGGAAUGUUGGAACGUCUGGAGGAGAAUCACGGUUCGUGAAAUGCAUCCCUUCCAACGCUUUAGCAGAGAUUCGCUGCUCUGUACGGUCAUUUUGACUGAAACCAGCGUCACGGAGGUUUGUUACCACCUCACCAGCGUUCAUUACAGUGGUAUCCUGAUCCUUCAUAUGUGCUUCGGCUGCACCUUUGAGCGACUUGAUGAUCACGUUCUUCAAAUCUCGCCAAUUCUGCUGGAGCUUGCGGUCGUUGUUGUUGGGUUGGUUCGGAACCCCUGCCGCAUUGCCGUUCAGCACAUUGUUGAGGUAUUGGACUAGGUCCAGGCGGUCUGCUUCUUGCGUUACCGCUCGAAGCCAGUCACGCCAGUCAGAUUUCUGCCCCAGUUUGGGUGAAAUCUCUCCAAGACUCAUAUCAGGCAUUUUGUGGCGCAAGUAAUGCGACUCUGUUUUCUCUACUUCUACAAAGAAUUGACUAGUUAUUUCUUUAAUAAGGUAAGGCUCAAGGGCUUGAAACAGUGUUGGAACACCCGAACACGUCCAAGCGCACUAUGAGGCUCUUGAGAGUAAGUGGAAUGAUUAUCGUUGCAAUGUAACAGAAAGACGAUCUGAACGGACGUGCCGAAUGAUCACUGACUGUUUAAGGCCCUGAAAUGGUAUCAAAAUGGGUUCAAUGUCAUUGGGAUAUCAUGAAGGGUCAUAGUGCAGUUAAAGAUCUGGGAGGUCUUGCUGCUAAUUCAUGUUGGAAUUCAUUGAGUUCAAAUGAUGAUCAUACGAGGAACUAACAUGAGUUCAAGACAAGGAACGGUAUUGAUCAUGAUCAAGGUGACGAGUGAGAGCAGUCAUUUGGCAUUGAAAUCAGGCUCAUCCAUUGGAUCUUGAGCCAGUAAUGACCAUUGACCAACAAGUACUAAUAUGCUAUAAAUGAAGACUCCCUGCUCAGCAACUAAUAUGCUGUUCCUUGUUCAUUGCUUCUAACACAUGAUUAGCGCAAACACUUCUUCCUCUCGGAUCGUUAUGCUUGGCUGGAGGCAGGAGACAGCGGUGCCUUCUGCGUCGUAUUUUCCGAAGGAGCAUGGGAGACGGAACGGGGCCAGCAUCUCCACUUUGCGACUAUAAGAAGAGUCUGUUGGUACCGUCAAAGACUGAGCAUAAUACUCAGCACGUGGUUGCCGGUCGCGAAGAUGGAGGAGGCGAAGAUCGAAAUGCGGCAGAGGUCACACUCAUUAGAAUUUUAUACGUUUUCUCGCUGAUUAUGAUGAUAUAUAUCACCACUUUUUCUCUGUUCGGCUUCUUUCAAUGUAGCCCUUUUUUGUAACAUCUUACUUUUCAAAAUCAAGCAAUUUAUGAUCGUGCUCAGGAUGACGAGGCGAAUAAUUCACCUCAACCGAAGGCAGAGGAAUCGACAAGCUUGAUCCGAUCAAAAUCUCCGCAGGAAAGCACCCCUAAAACCCCUGAUGCUGAAGUAGUGCAAUAUCAAAAAUCGGAAGAAGAGCGCCUCAGCCGUAGACUUUGGAAUGUUCUAGGUCGUGCUUUCGAGGAAGACGAUCAAAGUUAUGCUGAGGAGAAAAGCACAUGGGCAAAAACUAGAAAUUAUACCCGGGCAAAAACUGAUGGUCGAAAACUAGAAAUGACCGAGUUAGUGGCUCCUGAAAUAGGGGAGCAGGUAGCCUCCAUUUUAGAGGGGUGCUCUUCCUUCAGAAUCUCGGAAAUUCUCAUCAGCUACUUCCUUAUUUCAGCUUAUCGAAUAAUGGUCAAAUUCAUGAGUUCAGAAAAAAGAAGCUGUCCUUGUCAGGGAUAUCCUAGGCACCUUGCUGAGCAGGUUUUUCAAAUCAUCAAUCAGUAACUACUCAUAGAUACUCAAGUACUUCAAGGAUGGAUGCUCAAAAAGUUUUUAUACGAAAGUUCUCAAAGUUGAGUCGGGAGGUUUGUAGCGAAACACUGAAGUUGUACUCCAAUUGUUCCUCUAAGAAAAAAGAAAGGCGCCCAGACGAGCGGCGACAGCGUCUACGACGACCUUAAUAUGGCUGUCUAUCGUGAGGACUGAGGUUUCGCAUUCCGACUCUUUUACAGUAACUGUAACGCCGGACGAGUAGAGCAUGAUGAGCUUCAAGAUACUCACUGUCUCUGUCCUCGUGAAAACGCUUUGUUCACAAUUUCUUAUAGGAAUCCGUACUAUGUCUUAAUCCAGCUUGUCGUUUCUGCAAAGCUAUAUCCAUGGAGGAUCAUGAUCAAAAUUUGUCUUUUAUGAACACAAGUUUUUGAAUUGUGAUGUUUAACAGACCUCUAUUUUACACUGAUUAUUUUGUGAACUUUCGCUUUCUUGUUUCAUUUUCUUCUAAUCCAUGAACAUGAAGACCAUCUACUUCGAGAACUAUAAGGUUAGUAGUCUUCCUUCAUAGUCUUUUUCUAAUCAUACGCGGCGGCAAUCACCAACAUGCUGAAAUGAAACUGCAUCCCGACAUUUCGGGUUUUCCUCACGACAACGUGGAUGCAAGCCCAGAUGUGCACCCCGCUUCGCAUCACGCUCACUUUUUAUGAUAUCAGCGUUUAGAAGGUUUAUGAUCUUUAUUAUGGUUGUGAUUCAUCGUACUUAGUUCGUUGGAGUCGGAGAAAAGAGGAGCGCUUAUCUUUAUUCAUUGGAGAAAACAUCAAUCACUCAGGUAAGUAGCGCUUAGGUUUUUCCAUGAUCACGUGCUGGUCGUCUACUAUUUCUUCCUAAUUAUUUUCUCUAAUGAAGAUUGGCUUACGCUAAUUUGCUAACUUUUACCUGUGGCCCAAUAGAAGAAUAGGCACAGCACAGGAGAUUUCUUCCUGUGGUAGCGGUUGUCUCUAAGCAUCAGCACCGCAGGCGGUGGGUCUCUCUUAUCACGGGAAGCGUGUAGAGGGGCAUUGUCUGCCUUCCACCAGGCGAAUCCGGAGACGGCUGCCACAGAAUACUCAAAGUGGGUGGCGAAACAGAUGGCGGCGUUGAAGAGGAGGAUGAGCACCGAAAACUCUCGAAAGAACGAUGUUGACUACUGAUACUGAUGUACUUUCGAAGUAGAUGUUGAAAGGACGAUGUCACGUAGCUGUCUGUCACCUUCGCCAAGAGGCGUUGCUGUCUAGGUAUCUUCUAGGUGUAAUAAGGUGUCUUCUAGAGGCGAAAGCAGCUUGUUCAAAAAUUAAAAUUCAAUAGUAGAGCAGCAGCUGCAGCUGCUGUACACCUCCAUUUUCCAUUCUUGCAAUAACUACCCUGUCUAAGCACAACUACUCCUACCUGUUCUUCUUGUUUGAAAAUAUAGUCCUCGUAGCAGUUUUCGGAGUUAUAGGAUUGCAGAUAAAUUUGAUCUUUCUCUCAAGUCUCCAGCCUUUCGAAGUCGUUGCUGCUAUCACAUUAUAACAAUAUCUAAGUUUCGCUUUUCCUCCAUGCAUAGUCAUAGAUUCUCAUGUACCUAGUCAAUUCGUCAUGGCGCUCGCAGACGAUUUCUACCAUGUGUUGAAUCAGUAUCAUGGAAUGUCACGACGAAAUCGAUAUAAUCCACUUCUGCUACCAAUAGCAUUCCUUCUAGUACUUAUAGAAGACCAUACCGAUCUAGACGCAUUCUCGGUAGCAUAUUACCCGCACCACGACAUGCUUCUUUGUCUGCAAGUAAACAGUUUAACGUGCUCUUUGUUGAGAAUAAUUUUUGGUCAUGUACUCCUUUUGCUGUACUCCUUUUGCUGGUAAAGAAUAUGGUUAUGGUCCACCCAGUUGUACCGCGAUUAGAAAUCGAUACCCACACCACCAGGUUAUCCGUGUCAUGGCUGCUUAGGUCAUCCUUAUGGAUGCUCAUCGCGUAUCAAACAGCAUCUUCCAAUAUUGUUCUCCUCCUCUCCAAAUCCUUUCUACUAAUGCGAG